AUGAAAAUUUUGCCGAAACUGAACUGGUAUCUGUACUAUCUUGAAUUUAUACGUACUCAGCACCAAGAUAAUACGACACUUGAAUCAAGAUUAAGGCUGAGGAGACACGGUAGUAAAGUCAUUGAGACGGAGAAAAAGAUGGCAUCAGCAAUAAUUAUCCUUCCGAGGCGUAUGUGUCCAGUUGCAACACGUGUUAUUGCAACAAAUUUUCACAGUCUUUAUAGUUUUACUAAAACUAUCCCUGCUCUACAAAAUUCUAGACCAAAUUAUACGUUAACUACUAACUUCUAUAACCAGUCUCUUGUUGAUUUUCGGCACCUAAGACCUCGGAGAAAUGAUUGUGGCGAUGAUAAAUUGACUCAACCUGCAAAGGAUUCUUCAAGUUUUCUCAAAGGCUUUCAAAAGUCUUUUGGGUUUAGCAAAAGAAACGAAGAUCCCAAAAAAAACCGAAAGAGGCGAGUGCCUAGGUUAAUUUUGUUGCAAAAUCCUUUUACAUGGUUGAUGAUAAAAAUUGACUUUAGCGUCCUUCGCAAUAUUUGGGAUCCGACAUUUCACGAGCGAGAGUUCAAAUUUGGGACCAAACAGGCUAUAUCAAGAGUGACACAAGUUAUUAGUACGGGCCAGCUAAAGGAGCUUAAUGGCUUGUUGACAAAACCAGCCCGGCUGAGUUUGGUGCGAGAAUUAGAUCGUAACUGGGGCGAAAAGCAGCGCUCCCUACUAGCACUCAAAAAUGAUGAUAUACAGAUCUCAUCCCCUCGCAAAGUUUAUUUUAUCAGGAUAGGUGAUAAGAAAUUUUGUGAUGUGGAUAUGGCUUUUUUGGCGUUGAAAUGGGCUCCAAUCAAUAGCAUUGAGGCUCUAAUAUUUACGGAGAUAUUUGCCAGAUUUCAUCGUGAAUAUACGCCUCACUGUAUUCCAGAAUGGACCAUAGCUUACUUCAAGGUUACUCGUUUUGAAGUGCUACGGCGAUGAUCGGAUCCUAGAUUGUAGUAUGUAAAUCGUGGGGUACAAGAUAAAAGCUAAAUACCCCCCCAUGAGGCACGGUGAUUAAAUUAUUUAUAAAGAUGACACGUUCAUGACGAAAAAUGCAUAGUUCAUCCCUUAAAUUCGAGGUAGGACAUGUUCGUGUCAACUGUUGAUUAAUUUAUGAAUCACAUUGUAAUUUUGAAGAAUUGGUUUUAGAAGCUAUCGAUACUGAUCUAAAAAGUUCUAGAAGUUUUUUUAUACAUAGGUGUAUUGGUAUUUUUGAAUCUGUACUGGCCGCUAUAAAUAUAAAAGCUAGACGGAAUGUAGGAAAUCACUGUUUAGAAGUUUUGGACUGACAGGACUUAUGUAUCUGCAUUUCCAUAAAUGUUGGACCUCUAGUGGCGUGCAUUAUGUUUCCAUUUAGCACGGUAUUCGUUUUUUAAAUUAUUUAAUCUGG